AAGAAAUCAGUGACUCCCCCGCCUUCCGAAGAGGGUGCAUUUUCAGGAGGAAGCCAUGGCUUCAGACAGCGUAUUUGAGUCAUUUCCUUCAUAUCCCCAGUGCUUCAUGAGAGAAUGUGUACAUGGAAUGAAUCCAUCUAGAGACAUUCACGAUGCCAGCACGAGCCGCCGCUUCACGCCGCCUUCCACCACGCUGAGCCCGGGCAAGAUGAGCGAGGCGCUGCCGCUGGGCGCCCCGGACGCUGGCGCCGCCUUGGCCGGCAAGCUGAGGAGCGGGGACCGCAGCAUGGUGGAGGUGCUGGCCGACCACCCGGGCGAGCUGGUGCGCACCGACAGCCCCAACUUCCUCUGCUCCGUGCUGCCCACGCACUGGCGCUGCAACAAGACUCUGCCCAUCGCUUUCAAGGUGGUGGCCCUGGGGGACGUUCCAGACGGUACUCUGGUCACCGUGAUGGCCGGCAAUGACGAAAACUACUCGGCCGAGCUGAGAAACGCCACCGCGGCCAUGAAGAACCAAGUCGCGAGGUUCAAUGACCUCAGGUUUGUCGGGCGCAGCGGGAGAGGGAAGAGCUUCACGCUGACCAUCACUGUCUUCACAAACCCACCGCAAGUUGCCACUUACCACAGAGCCAUCAAAAUCACCGUGGACGGACCCCGAGAACCCCGAAGACACCGUCAGAAACUAGACGAUCAGACCAAGCCCGGGAGCUUGUCCUUUUCCGAGCGGCUCAGUGAACUGGAGCAGCUGCGGCGUUCGGCCAUGAGGGUCAGCCCACACCACCCAGCCCCCACACCCAACCCUCGGGCCUCCUUGAACCACUCCACUGCCUUUAACCCUCAGCCUCAGAGUCAGAUGCAGGAUACCAGGCAGAUCCAGCCUUCCCCGCCGUGGUCCUACGAUCAGUCCUACCAGUACCUGGGCUCCAUCAGCUCUCCCUCCGUGCACCCGGCAACGCCCAUCUCGCCCGGCCGGGCCAGCGGCAUGACGGCCCUCUCGGCGGAGAUUUCCAGUCGACUCUCAACGGCUCCUGACCUGACGGCCUUCGGCGACCCGCGCCAGUUCCCGGCGCUGCCGGACCCCCGGAUGCACUACCCCGGCGCCUUCACCUACUCCCCGACGCCCGUCACCUCGGGCAUCGGCAUCGGCAUGUCAGCCAUGAGCUCGGCCACGCGCUACCACACGUACCUGCCGCCGCCCUACCCCGGCUCGUCGCAGGCGCAGGGCGGCCCCUUCCAGGCCAGCUCGCCCUCCUACCACCUGUACUACGGCGCCUCGGCCGGCUCCUACCAGUUCUCCAUGGUGGGCGGCGAGCGCUCGCCCCCGCGCAUCCUGCCGCCCUGCACCAACGCCUCCACGGGCUCGGCGCUGCUCAACCCCAGCCUGCCCACCCAGAGCGACGUGGUGGAGGCCGAGGGCAGCCACAGCAACUCGCCCACCAACAUGGCGCCCGCCGCACGCCUGGAGGAGGCCGUGUGGCGGCCCUACUGA